GCUAACAGGCUAACUGAUCAGCAGCAGCAGGCAGCAGGCACACAGACGGUUUAAAGCUGAGAAGAGGAACAGAGAAGCAACAAGAGGAGAAAAGUUUCAUCCCGAGUCUGUUUCUGGAUCUACUGAAGGUGUCAGGAUGAGUCUACAGUGGACGGCAGUCGCCACCUUCCUGUACGCAGAGGUCUUCUUUGUUCUGCUGCUCUGCAUCCCCUUCAUCUCACCUAAGAGGUGGAAUAAAAUCUUCAAGUCUCGUCUGGUGCAGACCAUCGCUCUCUAUGGAAACACUUACUUCAUGGUGGCCAUGGCCAUCCUCGUCUUCCUGCUCAUCGACGCGUUCCGUGAGGUGAGGAAGUACAGCGUGACGGAGAAGGUGGAUCUGACCAACAACCCGACGGCCAUCGAACACAUUCACAUGAAACUGUUCAGAGCUCAGAGGAACGAAUACAUCGCCGGCUUCGCCCUGCUGCUCUGCCUGCUGCUGCGUCGCCUCGCCACGCUGCUCUCCCAGCAGGCAACGCUCCUGGCUUCCAACGAGGCCUUCAAGAAGCAGGCGGAGGGAGCGAGCACCGCCGCCAAGAAAUACAUGGAGGACAACGAGCUGCUGCAGGAGAAACUGCGUGACGCCGGCAUCGAGGUGCCAGAAGCUGGAAAGAAGAAAGGUCCUGGAGUUCAGGAGGAGAACAAGACUCUGAAAGAGGACGUGAAGACUCUGAAGGAGGAGCUGGAGACCGCCAAGAAAGCUCUGCAGAAGUCAGACAGUGACGUUCGUGCGAUGAAGAAACAAGCUGAGAACCUGACGGUGGAGUACGACAGACUGCUGGAGGAACACAGCAAGCUGCUGGUAACACACACACAC